AUGGGGAGCCCGCAGGCCGUUGCAGCGCAGUGCCCCGAGGGACACGCCUUUCGGCGCGCGGGUACCGGCCUUGCCGACGACGGCCACCGGGGGCACCUAGGGCCCCCGGGCUUUGGCCGCCGGCGAUUGGGGCCCCCGGGCUUUGGCCGCCGGCGUGGCCGACAACAGUCCACACCCCGAGCCGAGCGGCGGACCAGCAAGAGCCGUUCCGCAUACGGCCGGGGCGCAUCGCCGGCCCCCAUCCGCCUCCCUCCCGGCAAUUUCAAGCACUCUUUGACUCACUUUUCAAAGUCCUUUUCAUCUUUCCCUCGCGGUACUUGUUCGCUAUCGGUCUCUCGCCUGUAUUUAGCCUUGGACGGAGUCUACCUCCCGAUUUGGGCUGCAUUCCCAAACAACCCGACUCGUUGA